GGAGGGGAGGAAGUAGAUUGUAGUGUGCUGUGAGCGUGAACUAUGUAUAGAAACUUUUAGUUAAUUCUGGAACGUUCGAGCAUGGCCUUCAAAAUCUUCUCCCCAAACUGAAAGCACAGCAGUUUCUUGAACGUUUUCUUGUUCUAAAUAAACAAUCCUCAAACAGAGCUCAUAUCUUUAUUCUCUCGCUGUCCUCUAAAUCUUUCUCUCCUUUCGUCGAGAACUUCUCUGUUUCUGCAACAAUGAGUCGACACCCAUCAGUCAAGUGGGCACAAAGGUCUGACAAGAUCUACAUAACUAUUGAGCUUCCUGAUGCCAGCGAUGUAAAGCUGAAACUUGAACCUGCAGGAAAAUUCUUUUUCUCAGCUGUGAAAGAUGGAAACCCUUAUGAAGUCGACAUUGAAUUGUUGGACAAAGUAAAUGUAGAGGAGAGCAAGUAUAACAUCGGGGUGAGGCAUAUCGUCUAUGUCAUUCAAAAAGCCGAGAAGAAAUGGUGGAGCAGGCUGAUAAAACAGGAUGGGAAGCCUCCGGUUUUCCUCAAAGUUGAUUGGGAUAAAUGGGUUGAUGAAGAUGAAGAAAAUGAGAGCCAUCUUGAUUAUGAUGAUAUGGAUUUCUCGAAAUUAGACAUGGGUGGCGAUGAUGAUUUUGAUAUGGAUGAAGAAGAACCAAAGGAAAGUCAAGAGGCGGAAAAAGAAGAAUCUGUGGCAGCAGCUGAAAAGGGUGACGCAAAGGAAGAACCCGCUGAACCAGUGGUUGAAGAGGCUAAGGCUUGACUGCAUCAAGAGGUAGCAAUGGUGGCAAAUCGACUACCACAAAGAACUCCAUAUUUUGGUUCGUUGGUUAUCCUUGCGUUCAAUAUUGUAUGUGGAAAAGGUCUAGGCUAAGACUUCUAUGUGGUUUGAUUGAUCAUUAGUGGUGUGUCUGUACAAAAACAUGUUUAAGUUGUAUUCAGUUUCAAUGUUGCAUUUUGUAGGUGACCCUUAUUCAGAUUUUGGAAUAUGGUUGUUAUAUAUGGCUAUCCUAUCCUUUUUCCUUGUGUUUAUAAUUUUGCAAGGAACUGUUCUACA